UAAAGCUGAUUCUAUGACGCUUCCAAGCCCACAAAGGCGAACGAAAUGACGUAUAUAGAUAGAAAUCGCUACUGAUGCAACUGUACAAAAAGUUGUCUAGUGAUCCGACGGUGCCGAGUAGAAGGGCUCUCGCCCAACGGAGAUUCUUUAGGUGUUCCGUGGGAGGGGCCCUGGAUGGAAUAUUGGGGUUCGAUUCCCCCUACCCCGAAAGAUCAUGAUCUGGGCCUGGUUUCGACCCAAUCAUGAUCUUUCUUUUUUUUUUUCCGGUAUGCCGCUCCGCGAGAAAGGAAAGGAGCGAAACGAGAGAAGCAAGUGAGUUGUGGUAAUGUCAGAAUUUGCGCCUAUUUGUAUCUAUUUAGUGAUCAGUCUGCUAGUUUCUUUGAUCCCACUCGGUCUUCCUUUUCCCUUUUCUUCCAAUAAUUCGACCUAUCCAGAAAAAUUGUCGGCCUACGAAUGUGGUUUCGAUCCUUUCGGUGAUGCCAGAAGUCGUUUUGAUAUAAGAUUUUAUCUUGUUUCAAUUUUAUUUAUUAUUCCUGAUCCGGAAGUAACCUUUUCCUUUCCUUGGGCAGUACCUCCCAACAAGAUUGAUCCGUUUGGAUCUUGGUCUAUGAUGGCCUUUUUAUUGAUUUUGACGAUUGGAUCUCUCUAUGAAUGGAAAAGGGGUGCUUCGGAUCGGGAGUAAUCACUAGUGAUAGGGCAAAAAUAGGGAGGAAGGACAAAAGAAAGAGCGAUGCCUACAUUAAAUCAAUUGAUUCGUAAUGGUAGAAAAGAAAAACGGCGCACGGACCGUACUAGAGCUUCGGAUCAAUGUCCUCAGAAACAAGGAGUAUGCCCGCGUGUUUCAACGAGAACACCGAAAAAACCUAAUUCAGCUCCACGUAAGAUAGCCAAAGUACGGUUGAGCAAUCGACAUGAUAUAUUUGCUCACAUUCCGGGCGAAGGUCAUAAUUCGCAGGAACAUUCUAUGGUGUUAAUAAGAGGAGGUAGAGUGAAAGAUUUGCCAGGUGUGAAAUCCCAUUGUAUUCGAGGAGUCAAGGAUUUGCUGGGAAUUCCGGAUCGAAGAAGAGGCAGAUCAAAAUAUGGUGCAGAAAAA